AUGGGCAUCUACACUGAAGUAUCAUUCACAGGUGUCACCAACUCUGGUGAUAUACUGGAGGAAGCUGCUGCCAGACUGUCUGUUCUGGUGUUGCGCCUCCAGAGGCCUCUGGUGUCGGCGCUGAAGAGAGCCAACAUGUACACCCUGUAUAAAGGCUACACAGAACAAGAGGUGCUGCUACUGGGUGUGCUGUCCAAGAUGGAUCUCAACGGGAUUGGCUACGACCCCGCUCGUGCCCAUCAGAUGGUGACGGAAGUGGACGGUGCGCUAGAUGCACUGCAGAGGGAGUCCUGGGCACUGGCUGGGCGUCAAUUUACACUCAACUCUGCCCGACAGGUGGAAGCCACGAUGAAGGCCCAGGUGGUACCACUGGUAAAAGGCCCCUUGCCUCCUGGUGCCCUGAGCAGUCGAGCGGCUCUGGCCCAGCUGUCCACCGUGCACCCGCUGCCAGCCAAGAUCCUUGACUGGAAGAAGCUGCGAAGCGUUGUCGCUCUGAAUCUGCGCCCCCUGGGCCUACACCAGCGAAGCCUACAGCCGAGUGGUGGAAGACUGUCUCGAAUCCGGCCGUGGAGCCAGCCCUGGACGUCUACCGGCCGAGUGAUGAUCACCGAACCCAACCUGCAGGGAAUUUUCAAGAGCUUCACAGUUUGCACUGACUCACCAGUCAGCAUCAACGUUCGUGCUGCCUUCCGGCCUUUUCCAGGUGCAGUCCUGCUGACUGCCGACUAUUCCCAGUUGGAACUGCGGCUUCUUGCGCACCUCUCACGAGACGAGCAGCUGUGCGGAGUGUUCCGUGCCGGCGGUGACGUCUUCCGCCGCAUGGCUGCCCUCUGGAGUCACUGCAAGGAGGACGCUGUCGAUGCCUCACUGCGGCAGAAGACAAAGCAGAUAUGCUAUGGCAUCACCUAUGGCCAAGGAGCACGCUCGCUUGCCCAGCAACUUGGAAUGGAGCACUCGGAAGCAGAGGCCAUGAUUGCCCAGUUCCGGCAGGCCUUUCCAGGCUUGCAGCGAUAUGCCGACCGGCUUCUGGAACGUGCCCGUAUCACGAACGAGGUGCGCACGUUGCUAGGCAGGAGGCGGCCCCUGGCAGACCUGCACAGUGGCAGCAGCAGGGACAAGGCCAAGGCGGAGCGGCAGGUGCUGAGCACAGCUGUGCAAGGCUCAGCUGCAGACCUGCUCCGACGGGCGCUCAUCUCGCUCGACAGUGCCCUCGCGCAACGCUUUCCCGACUCAAAGGGUCUGCUGCCAGAGGAGCCACCAUCACAGGGUGCCUUCUUGGUCCUUCAGAUGCACGACGAGCUUCUGCUCGAGGUGUGUGAAGCAGAUCUGGACACUGUGUCCAGCAUGGUACGCAAGGCCAUGGAGGAGGCGGCAGAGCUUUCCGUUCCUCUCGUAGUGCGGCUCCGGGCCGGACCAGACUGGGCUCAUCUGGAUGAACUGGAGGGAAGUCCAUGAUGGACGGCAGAUCGAACCGGAUUGUUGAAACUGGUGUCUUCCUCAGAAAUGCUGCUCGUGGCCUGUACAACGCCUGCUUCGCUACGAUUACCGGCAGGCAGUACAUGCUCGAUGCGGUUCCUUGUGAAUUAUAACUAGAUUAUUUAAUUUUGCUCUCCCAAUAGCCAGUGUUGUCGGAGCGGAUGAGGGGAGAAAUAAUGUAGUUAUGCGAUAACCGUUCCAUUUACCUUUGUGUGAAAACUGAAAGGGUUGGCACCUUUGUCUCUGCAUCUUUCUAAUUGAUGAAUUUGAGGCUCUCUAAACACCUCUGGUUGAUACUUGGAGAGGCGCAAAAAGACUACUCCAAAAGAAGCACAGAAAAACAGGACGACGCGCUGCUAACAGCCGACAUUUCUAUUCAGAAAGCACAUAUUUACAAAAUGUCCUGUUUUUCCAUUUUUCUUUUAUAGUUCUCUUUUCGUAUGCAUCUGAAUGAACUCGUCCCACUCGCCUCUUGUUGGCUGUACAUAGCGUGAAAGAUUGGUCGUUGUUGUGAUGCAUUUAGAGAUCUCUGACAACCGUGCUCUGUGAUGUGUUACUCUCAGUUCUGCCUGUUCUCUGACUCCGGAAACUUGCAGCACUAAGGUCCUCGUGGCUUGCAACGUUGCAGGUGUAUUCAUCUACGCAAUAUGAGAUGCUGGUCGUGGUAAAUGCGUAGAUGUGGUAAAUGCAUGCAUUCUUGAAUGUGUGUCCGAGUGCAAAGCUUGGCAACCCAACCUUCCUUUUGCUGUAUGUCGUAGCUGUCCUUACCAACAAGAACAGCAUCAUCAUUGCAGCGCGUGCUAUACGCCCAAGCAUUUUGAUUUGCAAUUGUCCUUCACGGUUUAACCAUUUUUCGCCUUCACUAUUUUUAAAAGUAUCGCUCGCGGUAAGACUGCGUCACCUUGCAGGAUAUUCAAUGGCACAAAACAGAUCAAAAAAGCAUUUGCAAGACGGACUGCCAAAUGAGCAUUAUGCAAAUAAGGUGCCCGCUUUAAAUGCCGAAAAUAAAUCUUAGUGGUUAGGUGACACCUUUCUUGCCCAGCGUAGCAUAAUGUAUAAAGAUAUUGUACCGACUCGUGCGAUGACCCUGUCCCUUUCUUUUUCGAGAUCUUAGGACAUUCAUCCCUCACAGGGGCUCAUUUGGUAAAAUGUUUGCUUCUAUUUGCAUCUCUUUUGCGUGGUAUGCACCGUAACCCAUUGUACGUAUUGUACACACUGCGAAAACAGUGAAUGCAAUCUUUUUUACAAUGAACUUUUUCAUUUAUGCAUGCAUGCGGCACAACUGAUGUUUUUGUCUUCACCGUCAGUGCCACUGGUGCUUACACUCAAUGCCAGCCAUGGCAUUGUCUGUUCCUGUUGCACUAAACCUUUCGACUGCGACUUAGAGUCGGGCAGUUGCAAAGUGCGAGAUCACUUGGAAUGCAUGAAUUGGGCUUGGUUUCUUGAUUUUUAUUCUCAGUUGAAAUUUUCUUCCUUGAUUUUAAGCUACAAAAUUAGGGGUGCGGACAUUACAAUAGUUAACACAGUACCUGCAAACUAUCCAAAAAUUUUUUUAAAUGUCUACAAAAUUGUGCUUUCACAAUUUUGCUGAUCUAGUAUAUUGCAUCUCAAGUUUGAUGAAAAUGAUAUUCUGGUC